ACACGCAUUCCUGAAUAUCGGCAUAUGUAGUCCCUCCAACCUAUCCGUCCAAAACCCACAGCCAUAGGAAAAUACGAAUAACGAUACCCAAGACUCUCGGUGACCGGUAACAGAAUCGGGCAAGGAGAUUCGCCAUCGUAUCGUCCAAUCUCGCCAUCCCAAAACGCACGGAUCGCCAAUGUCCAAUCUUGGGCACCGCAGCCCAAAGAAAGAAUAUCCUCGCGUGGGUGCGUCGAAGAGAGAUAGCGGUGUGAGGAGCCGCCUAAUGAUUCGCAGACGUAUACAUGUCCCUAUCCACCACCACCAACUCAUCACCACCACUCCAACACCAAAAACAUCCGCAAUCGCAGCCUCUACCUUUAUCGCUACAGCACGAGCCAUCGCCGCCUGGACCCUCCUCGAAUAGAUCACCACCUGCGACAACAACAACAAUAGCAUUGUCAUCUGAUUCCGCCGCAUCAUCAACAUUGAUAGACGACCACGUUGAUGUUGUAAUCGAUGGUGACAAUCAUCUUGGUGGUGUAGAUUCCGAAUUGUCGCGGGUGGGCGACAGCGCAUCUUUACUACGACGAAGGACUCCGAUUCGGGCGCUGCAACUCCUUUCGGCUUGCGGAUCGGCUGGUAGGGGCGUUGCUACCAUGCGCUCAAUUACCUCGGCGGAUCUGAGGGUUACGAGGAGGCAGGAUUUGAAAGUUCCCCCUCGCCACCAGCAUUAUGACGAAGGCGCCGCUAUGGAUUCCAAUGGAUUCCAACAACCCGACGAGACGGCGACAGCAUCAACACCGGCCAUCACCCAUCGCAUGAAGCACGACAAGUCCAUCCUCGCCCUCGCUGUGUCGGGCCAAUUCAUCUUCGCGGGUACCCAAGGCGGCGAGAUCCUCGUCUACAGCCUCGACACGUAUGAGCGCCGCAAAGUCAUUGAAGCCCACCGCGGCAGCGUGCUGGGCCUCUGUCUAUCACAGGACCAGAAACUGCUUUUCUCCAGCGCUACUGAUCCCAUCGUGAACGUCUGGUGCACCACCACCUUUCGCCGUCUGUAUGCUUUAUGGUCGCCCUACGAUGUCGGCGAUAUCUUCUGCGUCGCAUACUCUUCCUAUCACCAAGUUGUCUAUCUUGGAGCUCAAAACACUAGUAUCCAGUGGUAUGACCUCAAGCAGAAAGACGCCCGUCCACCCCCAGCCCUCGCAUCCCACCCUUCCGAACGCAAAAACCGCUUUUUCGACUCUACUGGUCCAGGCGGCGUACAGACGCCUAAACCAAACGGCGCAGACGGCAAAUCGAGGGAUGCUGUGGGAGGGCAAUACUUGGAAAUAGACAAGCAAGACGUCCUUCAAUUCGCCCAUUAUGGCUAUGUGCAUUGCAUGCUCGUAGGCACUGGUAUACUCCCCGAAAACCCCUUCGAAGAAGUGCUCGUGUCAGGUGGGGGAGACGGUCGUAUUGUGCUCUGGCGCAUUGACAAAGAGAAUGGCGGAGCCAUCUCCAACAUUUACACCCUGGAAGACGACCGCGAGGAAGGAGAGUCCAUUUUAUCUGUUGCGCGGGACGGUUCCUUCCUUUACAGUGGUCGUUUCGAUGGUGAGGUCAAUGUGUGGGAUCUCGAGACCCGCCAACUCGUCCGCAGUCUGAAAUCAGACAUCGGUGACGUUCUGACCCUGAGCGUGGGAUCCGGCUGUCUAUUCGCGGGUGGAAAACUUGGUCAUGUCCAAAAAUAUAAUCAGAACUAUGAGCCAUUGUCCAGCUUCCGAGCACACGCCGGUCUGAUUCUGGCCUCCGCGCACACCACAUUUAACGGCAAGGCGACUCUUGUGACGGGCGGCAACGAUAGCACCAUUGUCUUGGGGCACAUUCAAGACUGCACAGGGUCAAAUGCAAGCCUGCGAAAGAGCAACAAUGAUCUCAUGGUCGAGUCACUCAGCGAGUUCAUCAGUCACCGCACCGUAUCCUCGUUACCAAAGUAUCGCGCCGCGUGCCGGAAAGGUGCCUCAUUCUUGCGUAGCAUCUUCCGCAAUUUUGGUGCUGCCACGCAAAUGCUCAAUACCGAAGAGCCGUACAAUCCCAUUGUCUAUGCCAAAUUCAAGGGCAAUCGUGCAGCAGCGGGAAAGAGAAGGAAGAUUCUGUUUUACGGCCAUUACGAUGUGAUUGCGGCCGAGAACGAGCACGGCAAGUGGAUGCAUGAUCCUUUUACACUGACAGGGGAGGAUGGCUAUCUGUACGGUCGUGGAGUAUCAGACAACAAAGGACCGAUCAUGGCUGCCAUAUACGCAGCUCAAGAGCUUGCCAGCGAACAACGUCUCGGGUCAGACAUCAUAUUCCUAAUUGAAGGUGAGGAAGAGAGCGGCUCUCGCGGCUUUGCGCAGGCAAUUCAAGCCAACAAAGACCUUAUCGGUGAUGUGGAUUGGAUAUUGUUGGCAAACAGCUACUGGCUUGACGAUCAUGUGCCAUGUUUGACCUACGGCCUUCGUGGAGUCAUUCACGCGACUGUUCAGGUUGAAAGUAGGCAUCCAGAUCUCCACAGCGGUGUUGACGGUAGUGCAUUGCUGGACGAGCCGCUCAAAGAUUUGGUCAUGCUGCUCUCCAGACUUACCGGACCACACGGAAAAGUCGAGAUCCCCGGCUUCUACGACCCUAUUCUGCCCCUCACCAAAGAAGAAGAAAACCUGUAUGCGGAGAUCGCCGAAUCGCUUCUUCGUAGUAAUCCAGACUUGGGCAGCCCCCAAGAACUUGCCCAAUCACUCAUGCGGAGAUGGCGCGAAGCUUCUCUCACCAUCCAUCGCUUUCAGACCUCCGGUCCCGAGAAUUCCACCAUCAUCCCCCGCUUGGCACGCGCCUCGCUCUCGCUCCGUCUCGUGCCCAAUCAAGAGGCUUCCGCCGUCGCCGCCACGCUCAAAUCUUUCCUCGAAUCCCAAUUUCUCAGCCUUGCUUCCAAAAAUGCAAUCACCGUCACCAUCGACCACCAGGCAGAGCCCUGGCUCGGCGAUCUCAACAACGAAAUCUUCCAAACGCUCGAAAGCGCAAUCAUAUCUGAGUGGGCCCAAGUUCCUGGAAGCCAGCAGUUUGAACGCCGUCGUUCAUCCGCCAAUCCCCUCAAAACUAAUGGACUCGAGCCAAUGUCACCUAUCACUACAACCGAUCACCGUCCUUCUCCCACCACGUCAAGCACCCUCGCCUACGGCCCUGCUGACUCUACUUCCACCACUUCUACCACGGACAACUCCAACCCCAAAACACUGUCCCCUUCAGCCUCCUACUUUCCCCACACCGCACCCGCAUCGGAAGCGGGAUCCAAAACCACCCCACAGAAACCGUUGUAUAUCCGCGAAGGAGGAUCCAUCCCUUCGAUUCGCUUUCUGGAAAAGCAGUUCGACGCCCCCGCUGCACACCUUCCUUGCGGCCAAGCAAGCGACUCUGCGCAUCUGGAUAACGAGCGGCUGAGGCUGCUGAACCUGUGUAAGAGUAAAGGGAUUUUCAAGAGAGUUUUCGAGGAAGUGUAG